AUGUGUGCUCGAGAAAAAGAAGGAAGCCUAAAUUGCCUCCACAAGGAAUGGGGUAGUUGUCUGAAUGCCCAUAAAGACCAAUACAUCCGAGGCGAUGAUGCUUAUCCAACCACCAUACUUGAAACGGUGGCCUCACAUGAUUUGUGGAUAUGGCAUGCAUUCUUUGGUUCUGUUGGACCCCUCAAUGACAUUAAUGUUCUUAACAUGUUUCCAUUAUUCGUCGACAUGUAUAACGGGAUUGCACCAGAUUCUUCCUUUAAAGUUUCUGGAACGUCGUAUAGGAACACAUAUUAUCUUGUGGACGGGAUAUAUCCGGAGCGUGCUUGUUUUGUGAAGUCAUUGUCUUGUCUAAAUGAUUGCAAAAGGUUGAAGUUUAAGAGAGCUCAAGAGAAGGCGAGAAAGGAUGUUGAAGGAGCGUUUGGUGCUUUGAAAGAAUGUUGUCAUAUUCUUAAAUAUCCCUCACCUUAUUUGGAGGAGAAGAAAAUGAGUGAGGCGACUUAUACUUGUAUCAUAUUGCAUAAUAUGAUUUUCGAAGACAAAGGAAAUGUAAUAUAUGAAUAUAAUGCAAACGAGAUCAUUCCAUUGACACAAACUUUUGAGGUAGGAGGCGAGGAGGGCAAUAAUUCAUGA